AUGGGCCAUUAUGGUUACCUUGACAUACAUCUCGUGGCGGUGCCUCCGGUAGAGGCCCCUUCAUGCAUUCCGGUCAUGCUAAUGGCCACAAGCUUGCUGCUGAUCCCGUUUAUGGCUGUUUCAUCUCAUGCUCCAAGCAAUGAAACAGACCUUGCGGCGCUACUGGUUUUCAGAUCCCAGCUAUCCGAUCCUUUGUCCAUCCUGAAGAAUAACUGGACAGCUGAUGUGUCGUUCUGCAGCUGGAUCGGCGUGACAUGCAGCCGCCGUCACCAUGGGCGUGUCACCGCUUUGCAGCUGCCAGACAUUUCCCUCCAAGGAGAGCUCAGCCCGCAUCUUGGUAACCUCUCUUUUCUCCAUGUCCUCAACCUCACCAACACAGCCCUCGCUGGCUCCAUGCCAGCUGAUCUUGGAAGAUUACGCCGUCUUAGGUAUCUUAAUCUUGGCCACAAUAGUCUAUCAGAUACAAUCCCGUCUACUGUAGGAAAUCUUACCAUGCUCCAAUUUUUGGUCCUAAAUUUCAACCAGCUCUCUGGAGAGAUCCCCAAUGAGUUGCAAAACAUGCGUAGCCUUAGGCACCUCUCUCUAGAAGCAAACUACAUAAGCGGUCUGAUGCCCAAUUUUUCAUUCGACAGCAUGCAUUCACUAAGCCACAUAUACGUUCAGAACAACAGUUUGUCCGGGUCAGUACCUUCUGGUAUUGGCUCCUUGCUCAUGCUCCAGAUUCUACACUUGAAAUAUAACCAGCUCUCUGGUCCAGUACCUCCUACCAUCUUCAACAUGUCUAGGAUGGUUGUCAUGAGUCUAGCGAUAAACAAAAAUCUAACAGGUCAUAUACCUAGCAAUACAAGUUUCAGUCUACCCAUGUUGCAAAUAAUAAGUCUAUAUGAUAACAAAUUCGAGGGUCCAAUUCCAUUGGGCCUUGCAGCAUGUCAGCAUCUUCAACAACUUAGUCUCGGUAGAAAUCUACUUGUGGAUGUGGUGCCGGUAUGGCUGGCUAAGCUACCACAACUCACAAUGAUUUCUAUUGGUGGCAAUAAAAUUGUUGGCCCGAUCCCAGCUGCGCUCAGCAAUCUUAGCAUGCUCAAUGAGCUUGACAUCUCAUACUCCAACCUAAGUCAAGAGGUUCCGGUGGAAUUGGGAAAACUGGUGCAACUCACAUAUCUGCACCUUUCGUACAAUCAACUAACAGGCCCAUUUCCAGAAUUUCUUGGAAAUUUAUCGAGAAUGGCUCACAUAAGUUUACGGUCGAAUCAGCUGACUGGACUAGUACCAUCAACACUUGGAAACAACAUACCUCUUAUGUAUCUUGAUAUCCGGGAUAAUCAUCUCCAUGGGGAUCUUAGUUUCUUGGCUAGCCUAUGUAGUUGUCCGCAACUGCAAGUUCUUGGCAUAUCAAACAAUCCUUUCUUUGGGAGUAUCCCUAGUUAUUUUGGUAACCUCUCGAUUAACAUGUUACGCUUUGAAGCAGAUAACAACUAUUUGGUUGGUGGGAUUCCAACAACAAUAUCAAACCUUAGUGGUCUUAUUUAUUUAAGCUUUUCCGACAACAAUCUAACCAAAGGAAUACCAGAAUCCAUCUCUAAGAUGGAGAAUCUCCAGGCCCUUUUUCUCACUGGAAAUAACAUCAUUGGCACAAUCCCUGAACAAUUUGGUAUGUUGAGGAGUAUUGUAGAUAUAAAUCUCGAUGAUAAUAGAUUAUUUGGCUCCAUACCAGAUGGCAUGAGCAACCUCACCAUGUUAGAGUCUAUUUCAUUAUCUAAUAACUAUCUAUCUUCGACAAUACCAUCAAGCUUGUUUUAUCAUAGUAAACUUGUCGAAUUAAAUAUGUCCCAUAACUCCCUAACCGGUACAUUGCCUUCUGAUCUCAGCCAUAUGAUAAAUAUGGACAUAAUAGAUAUUUCUAGCAAUCUAUUCUUUGGUAACCUCCCAAAUUCAUUUGGAAAGUUUACAAUCUCAUUAACUUACCUAAACUUUUCUCACAACUCAUUCAAGGGUUUAGUCCCAGAAUCUUUCGGCCGCUUAACUAACUUGGUAACAUUGGACCUAUCGUCGAACAAUCUAUCUGGAACAAUACCAAACUACCUCGCCAACUUCACCUACCUUGCAGAUCUGAACCUCUCCUUUAAUAGGUUAGAAGGGCAUGUACCAAAUGGAGGUGUAUUCUCAAACAUCACCUCACAAUCUUUUGUUGGGAAUGUUGGGCUAUGUGGUGCUCCUCGUCUAGGACUGUCAUCGUGUAUAGACAAGUCUCAACAGACCUAUGGUCGACACAUCCUGAAGAUUAUUCUCCCAGCCGUCAUCAUUGGAGCUGGUGCAUUUGCAGCUUACCUGUACAAAAUGAUCAAAAGGAAAAAUAAGAAGCAGCCAUAUGAUACUGCUUCUACUGGCAUCACUGAUCUGAUCAACCAUAGGUUAGUAUCAUACCAUGAGAUUGUUCGUGCCACUGAAAAUUUCAGCGAGGAUAACCUACUUGGAGCAGGAAGUUUUGGGAAAGUUUUCAAGGGCCAGCUAGAUGAUGGUUUGGUGGUUGCGAUAAAGGUGCUCAGUAUGCAAGUCGAGCGGGCUGUGAGGAGCUUUGAGGUCGAAUGCCAAGUGUUGCGGAUGGCUCGGCAUCGCAACUUGAUACACAUAUUGAAUACCUGUUCCAACUUGGACUUCAGGGCAUUGCUGCUUCAGUACAUGCCCAAUGGUAACUUGGAGGCACACUUGCACACUGAAAAUAGGGAACCACUGGGAUUCGUGGAGAGAUUGGACAUUAUGCUUGGUGUGUCAGAGGCAUUGGAUUAUCUGCACCAUCACCAUUGUCAAGUUGUCCUACACUGCGACCUGAAUCCUAGCAAUGUACUUUUUGAUCAGGACAUGACGGCCCAUGUUGCUGACUUUGGCAUUGCAAAGUUACUUUUAGGCGAUGAAAACUCCAUGGUUUCAGCUAGCAUGCCUGGGACAAUUGGGUACAUGGCCCCAGAGCUUGCAUUUAUGGGAAGGGCGUCAAGAAAUAGCGAUGUGUUCAGUUUUGGGAUUAUGCUACUUGAAGUUUUCUCGGGAAAGAGGCCCACUGAUCCUACAUUCGCCGGUAAAUCCAGCCUUAGGCAGUGCAUUUUGCAAGCAUUUCCAGCAAAGCUCAUUGAUAUUCUAGAUGAGAAGCUACAUCAGGAUGAACGGAUGAACCAAGCAUUUCAUCACCAAAAAAUAACAACUUCACCGUCUUCAUCCUCAAUUGCCCACAAUGGUAACUUUCUCAUGUCGACAUUCAAGAUGGGUCUAGAGUGUUCCAGUGAUUCUCCCGACCAGAGGCCAAGCAUGGGCGACGUGGUCACGAGUCUGAAGAACAUCAAGAAGGAUUACUCUACUCUCUUGGUAGCAACUAGAAGUGUGCAGCAGCAACAUCGAUAUGGUAAUGUGUAG